AUGGAAGGUCUGGUGCAGUCUGAUCCUAGAGUGACAACCAGGCUCAGUGAUGCCCUCACCAUCCCCAAUAGCCACUGUGACGACUAUGGUGACCUGGAGCUCUAUCGCUCCUGGUGCUGCACCACCUUCUGCAAAGACUACCCCGACCUGCAGCUCAGAGGAGACCAUGUGGGAAACAGGAGCUCAGAGAGCCCGCGGCUGGAGAAUGAGGGGUUCGAAGGACCACUUCUUCAAUCUCAGGACCUGGGAGAGCUGGAGGCCUUGGAACCCACAGGGCCUGUGGAGCCUAGGGUGCAGGUGGAGUCCCAGCCCCUGCAGGAUGAGGGUUGCCUGGUCAUGGACAGCAGCAUCAUCACCCUGAACAGGGAGCCUCUAUCCAAUUCCAUGCUGAACGGCUAUCUGGAGAGUAAGCUGCUGGAGGUGUACAGACAGCACAUGCAGGACAGCCUGGCCCGGGGCAGCUCUCCCCUGGUCCAGACACCUCCCCAGGGCCUGAUACCAGCCCCAGUAAUGAAGCUCAGCCUGCAUCUCUGUCAGGACCACGGCCUGGACUCCAGUACGGCCCAGAGCAUCGUCAUCCACUACCUUAGCACCUACACCGUGGCUAGCUCCCACUUCAGCUCCCCCAACCUGCGCAUCUCCAACCCUGAGCCUAGAAGAAAGCCCACCUGA